AUGUUCGGGCUGCCUAUCAAGGAUUAUCUACUCAAGAUAUGUUGCCAAAUUUAUGACCUUAUCCAUCUCUGCAAGCCCUUUGAAUUCCAUUUGUUAACCAAAACUGGUCACAGGUCCAAGCUUCAGAGUAUAUCAUCCAAACUGUCAGAGUUGCAGAAGGUUUCCUCUAUAAUACAAGUGUUACAGGUGAUAUACAAAAAUUUGAGCCAGAACAAAAUCACUACUAAGAGGGAUAUAUUUUAUAACAACGUCAAGCUAUUCAAAAGUCAGCAAUUCAGUAAUAAGAUCAUUGAUAGCAUUGCAGUAUCGUUUUCUUUGGAUUUGGCAGAAUUCAACAUCUAUCCGAACCAGAAAGGAUUGGUUUUCAAAAACUCGAUGAAAGAGCCCAUUUUAGUACCCAUGAAGUAUGAGUCGCUUUCACUCGGAGAUAUAGAAUUGAUCGUGAUAAUAGAAAAAGAUGCCGUAUUCAAAUCUUUUUGUCACUUUAUCAGAAAAUUUGGUAACUUAUCAUCUGUAUUGGUGGUAACAGGUAAAGGAUGCCCUGACAACUUGACUAAACAGUUUGUUAAUUAUUUAACAACUUUAAAUGUUCCCAUUUGGGGUUUCAUGGAUUCAGACAUUUACGGAUUCCAUAUAUUUAAGUCGUUCAUAAACUCAGCCAAAUUUCUAUUCAAAUUCAAGGGUUUUUGGCUAGCUAAUUCGGAAUCAAAUAGCUUGAUAACUAUUAGCUUGAGAGAUUUCAAACUUAUGCAGAAUUUCUUGUGUCAUCCCAACCAACAGGUAGACGAAAUAGAGUUAAAAGUCUGGAGACGAGAAAUUCAGAGAGGUUUGUUUCUUUUCAAGAAAGCAGAAAUGGAAGCCAUUGAAUCGGAGUGUGCUGCAGGUAAUCCUAAUAUCUAUAUCUUCGAAACAAUAUAUCCAUUUUUGCAUGAUGAGGAAAAUACUUACAAUAGUGGAAACUCAAGAUAUUCUAGUAUUGAUUCCAGUCUUACUGUGGCUGAAUUUAGUUCACAGCAUCUGCUUGAUACACAGCUUGGCUCUAUUUAG